AUGGAUUUAAAUGUACAAUUCUUUUAUAUUCUGAAUAAACUAAUAAACAAAUUAAUUAAAUCUUAUAUAAGAAUUUAUUUUAAUUAUAUUUAUUUUGCAUCUUUUUUGGAUUUUGAUCACGGGAAGAGUGUGAUUUAGGCUGUUGACUCUGGUGAGUCAGGAAAUGAGACCAAAUAGGGAGUUACAAAGGCUUUUCUUGGAUGGAGGUAAAAUGAAGAAGGAGGGAGACUCCCGGUAGAAUGGGAUUAAGUAGAAAAUAUUAUUGAGUAGUGGAUUUUAUUAAAAAUAAUUUAUGUUGAUUAUCAUAAUUACUUAUAUAAAAAAUUUCAAAUGAACAGCUCUGAAUCGAAUGAUUUCUAAAAUGAGGAAUACAGAUUUUAAGAAGAUGAGGAUUACAUUGAUUUUGAGGACUUAGGGUAGAAUGAUAUGAUGAGAUAUGAAAAUGAUUAGGGAAAGUAUGAAUUAUUUUAAAGUGUUUGAUAGUAUAGAGUUGGUUAACGAUAGGGAUCAAAUUGAAGAGGAUAUGAAUUAGAGUGAGAUGUUGAAGGUAUCUUCAACUCUUUGCAUGAGGGAAGAUGAAUCGGAUGGGUCAGAAGAGGAAUCUUAACUUCAAGGAACGUAAGUGAAUAUAUAAUUAUUAUAUACAGUCAAUCAAGAACAUGUAAUUCUGGGACAUUGUAGAAAUCGAUAAGGAAGAGGAAUAGGAAUAAAGAAGAACCUGUAAGAUAUGAAUCAUUAAUAGUAUGUUUUAGAAGAGAAAGGUAAAGAAGUGGAGUGAGGAGGAGGAUAAGAAUUUGGAAGAUUUGUUUCAAAUUUAUAAGGGAGAGUGGGAGACCAUAGUGAAAUUUUUGGAAGGAAGAACAGUUUCAUAAUGUAAAUAGCACUGGCAACGUUUGAGUGGUGGUUAGGAGAAGAAGAGGAAAUGGACAGAGGAGGAAAACUAGAUAAUAUUGUCAUUUACACAGGACAAUCCGUAGUUUAAUAAUUGGGCUUUGAUUGCUUCAAGUAUGAAAUGUAAAUUAAAGAGAGGAAUGCAGGGUAGGAAUGGGAAACAAAUAAGAGAGCAUUACAUGAAUCAGUUGCGUCCUGGGAUUAAGAACAAGCAGGGUUGGACUCAGGAAGAUGACAAGUUGUUGUUAAAUUUGUAUCAGAGAUAUGGGAGUAAGUGGUGUUAGAUAAACAAGCAUUUUGAGGGAAGAACAGUAUGAUAUUUGUAGUAAAUGAAGGAAAUAAUGUUGAAGAAUAGAUACAAUAAAUUGUAGAAGGGAAACACCUACAUUGAUCAUUUUCUUAAUAUCGAUGAUGAACCCCACCUCUAAUUCUAAUAAUCUCACACAUUCUCUUUUAAUUGA